AAAAACACAUUUGGGUCACGUCAAAGAAACCAGCACUAAUAUUAGAGGCUACUGCUUUCAGAAGAGCUGCCAAGCAGCGCCGCAUAAAGCCAUCCUAGCCAGGGGAUAGUCUGUCACAAGGACUUGGAAAGCCAGGUUUUCCACGGGUGACAUUUAACGCCACACGCGUUGUCAGGACGGAGGGGCUUCUCCGUGCGUAACGCAGAUACAGCGCUGGAUCCACACUCCUCAAACCAUGAGUACUUGCAAGUGUUUAAUUUGAAGGCGACAUAUGCACUCUUCUGCAGAUAUGUCUUUCUUAACCAUACCAAGUCAAGAGGGCCUUUUCAAAACGAUUAAAACCAGCAAGUCGGCCGGAGAGGCGGAGGGUCGCUCACGCACGGACGCCGCUGAGGAAAACGACGAUGAGGAGGAUGAGGAUGAGGAUGAGGAUGACAGCGAUGAUGUCCAUCUCAUCCCCAGAUGUUCCCCGGUGCCUAGGAAGCGGGGCGCGUCCAUCUUUGACGAGACAGCCGAGUACAUGCGAAUCCACCAGGCGCUCUCUGUAGGAAAGCGGGUGUCGUUCGCCGACACAACAGGUGGAGACCUGGUGGAUGUGCGCGAAUUCGCAGCCUUCGACUCGGACGAGGAAGACACCGCAAAGUGGCAGGAGGAGGAGGCGAAAUACCGCAAAGCAGAGCGGGAGCCGACCUAUCUAGUGCACCCGGAGUUCCACGCUCCCAGCGUCGGAGUCCUGCUGCAGGCUGUGCGCUCCAACAAAGUGGAAGUUGAGCGGAUAUCCCCUUUGGAGGACGAGCCGCUCGCAUUCAGUGGAGUAAUUCGAGUCCUGAACAUCUCCUUCCACAAAGCGGUAUACAUCAGAUCAACCAUGGACAGCUGGGGCACUUACUUUGAUUACCCUGCAGAAUAUGUGUUUGGAUCUAACGACGGCGAAACUGAUCAGUUCUCCUUCAAGCUGUCUUUUGCACCACCAUACACCACGCACGGCUCACGCAUUGAGUUUGUCGUGCGCUAUGAAACCUCGGUUGGUGAUUACUGGGCCAAUAACUUUUCCAUGAAUUACGCUGUGACGCUGCUUUUGUCCUAUGACGUUGAUCCAGCCCGGACCAGCACUGUUACGGCACAAAAAAGAAGCAUCCUGAAGAGCCCGAAAGUCUACAGCCUGACGUCAGAGGAAGACCAGGAGAAAGGAGACGCAGAGGAACCAGAGAGUUUACCAGCAGAWCUAGACAGGCCAUCAGCUGUGUGUCCAGUCAUCAUUCAUCCUGAGAUCGACGUGGAGAAACCCGUUCACCAGUCCGGUUCCUCCACCACAUCUCAACACAGGCCGCCAUCUGGCGGCGCCGCACUGUUCACACCUGCUGCACCUUCAGCAUCCUCCGAACCCGACCCUCAGUCCAACUCUGCCUUUGCACUCCAACCAGAUAAGUCUCAGCCUUCGCAUUUACUCCACCAGGAGCACGAGAAAGAAAWGCCAGAGCUGUCUGURCAGAGCCCUCCCGCUGUGCCGCCGUCUCCCUCGGCUCCCUCAUCUCAAGAACCCGAACAGAGAUCAGGCAAGUUCCAGGCUGAGAGAGUGGAUACCCUUCCUGGCGUCUGUCCUCCUGCAUCUCAUAUGAAUCUGCCGUCAGCAGCAGGAGACGAGCACAUAGCUGCUAAGUGUGCCUCCUGUCCCAGUCCGAUGGUAGAAGACGCAGAACAAUUGAACAAACUUCAUAAAAGGCUUUUAGAAAUUACCACAAAAGCUGCAGAACGUGAUGCAAAGAAAAGAGCUGCAGAUGAGGCUCGUGCAUCUUUGGAAGYGAAGGACAAAGGUAAACCUUUGACAAAGCCGAGCAAAGACGCCGCUCCUAAAUCUGCCUCAUCCGACGAUCCACUAGGCCGGAUGUCUGAAAAAGAAGACUACAGCAUGGAUCUGUUGCCGUGCAUCGUCUUCCUGAGCGUUUCCAUCUCACUGGUGUGUUGGAAACUCUUUAGGAGAGAGUAGAGAAGCUGCUCAAUAAACCGGAGAAAGAGCCAUCUUUGUCUUUAUAUCUUUAUUCGAAGCGUUCAAAGACUCUGGUCAGAGAAGCAAAACCCCAAUGUAAGUUUUUCACACAGUUAUUUAUACACGCACGCACACGCACACACACACACACACACACACGCACACACACACACAAGUCUGAGAUGAAGAACAAAAGAAAAUCAGAAGAGAAACAGGUCCAUAUACGGAGAUACAAUGAUACCAAACAUCUAUUUGAGCCUGUUUCUUGCACUUUAUUUAGAAAUUCGUCUGCAUGCUUGAGCUAAGUGAGGGAAAUCAAAGGGACUCGUUUAAAGUUUUCCGCUUCACUAGUGAUGCACCUCAGCUGCUUCUGGUUCUUCUGGAUUUKCUCCAAAGGUUCAGUCUGAUCUGCUGUCAAGCGAAGUGCCUUUUAAUGAUUCCAAAAAGAAGCCAAUCAGUUAAAUAACGCUCACGUCUCUCUCUGAUUUUGUGCAAAAUCAAACAAACGGAGCCUCGUAAAAGUGUUUACGCCCGUUAARCUUUUUCAUUUUGUUACGCUGCAAAAACACAAAAUCUUACCAAAUAUUUCUGAUCUAGUUUCUAUCUUCGUACACUUAAAAUGAGACAAAACUAACGUACAAUCAAGAUACAAGAGCUUAUUUUAGGUAAAUAAUCCUGCACAUUACUUAAUUUAUACAAAUACGUUUUUCUAAAGUUAUAGAAGCUAAAACUUUUUCAUCAAUAUUAAGGAAUUAUUGACUCAAAUUUCUUGCUAAAAAAUUACUUGCAAGUUAGUUUUUCUUAUUUCUAGUGUGAGAUUUCAUAUUUUUUGCAGUGUAUGCUACAAGUACAGUGCAAACUUCAAACUAUUUCUUUGGGAUUUUAUGUGAUGGAUCAACACAAAGUAGUGGAUUAYGGUAAAGUGGAUUCAUGCAGAGAUGCAGAGGAGCCAGUCAGGGUUAAAGAGGAGACGGAUGAAGCUAAACACUGUGAGGAAAUCUGUAGGAAGCUGUGAAAUACUUCAGAUCAGGGCAGAGUUUACUUCAACCCUGAACACAGAGCCAGAGAUCAAAUGAUCAGAKCGUAUUCAUGCGUCAGGGAAAUCCACUUACGAAUUGUUGCAAGACUCAAAAACUGAGAUUUCCUUCAAAUCUGAGUUUCAUCUGUUUUGCUUAGAUUCGUUUUCAGAACUGCAGGAAAAUUCCUGCCAAACGUUUCAGAUUAUCAUUUGAAAAUAAUGAAACGAUGCAUGAUUUUAUAAACUACUUUAUUUAGAUCAAAAUACAUAAAAUAUAUUGAAGUUUGUCACUGUGAUUUAACAAAAAUAUGGAAAACCUUAUGGGAAUGAAGAUUUUUGCAGGCUUACGCCAKGUAUGUAGCAGAGUAGCAGAAGGAAAGCACAUUUGUUUUCUGUAGGCAAUCUAUGAAUUAUCUUUUCCUGUUGUGUGAAGAUAUUAAUAACAUAUCAUGUGAUAUUGUCCAGUUAGUGUUAAGAUGCACUUUUUAUUGCACUCAUCGUACGUAGCACAGAUUCAGGUAAUAAAAAGACGAAAACAGCCAGUAAAAUUAAAAGUGACGCCAGUGAGAAAGUGCCUUAAAGUCUCUUAGUGAUCUCCGUUUUAUCUAUAAAACAUCUUUGUUUUGUAGACAACACUCGCUCUAAAAAAACCACCUUCUAAAAUUUUAUUUCUUCAGCUAAAGUCCUCAUGCGUUAAAAAUUACGUUAAAAAUGGGUCUUAGUUUAUUUUGUCAGGAGUUUCUUUAAUAACAUCCAGCUGAUGAAGCCUCAGUUUUGGAUCUAUUUAUUGCCGCUUGCUGUUGAUUUUAUUAAGUGGAUACCGCUCCAUCCACCAGUGUUUCCCAUUUGAACUGGGAAGUUGGAAAACAAACCAUAGCAUCCCUUAAAAUUGUAAAGUYGAUUUCAAAUUUCAACUUGGAAARUUCCAAAAUGGCCRCCAUGCAUUUAAUAAACAGCAGCAGCUUCACUUAUAAACUGUUUAUCUGCAUUUCUGAAAGGUUUAAUUCCAUUAAACACAAAGAGCUGCACACCUUCCUUUAAUAAGUACACAUUUCUGCAAGGUUUAAGUGUAUAAAAAGCAUAAAAAUGCAGGACUGUUACUGUUUUAUGCUAACAAUAUUUAGUCUAGUCUCUGACCAAAACAGCAAAUCAAGCACAUAUGGAAAUCCCACAUACUCCACUUUAUUUUUAGCACAUAUUUUGUCAAAUGUUUUCCAAGGAGCUGUGACUCUGCAGCACAGCUAAAUUUUGCGUUAGCCGGCAAAGUUUUGCUCCCCAUUUAGGAAUCCAAAAUGGCUGCCAUAUGUUCAGAAACUGCUGCUGUAAUAAACUGUUUUGUGUCUCACACACACUGGUCUGUUAUUGAACAUCCAGUUUCAUGUUUUGAAUGUGAAAUACAUUAUUAUCUUCCAUCGCUAAUUUUAUUUAGCUUGACUGUUUUUCCAACUGCAAUAAGGUCAAGUUAGGUGGGAUUUAGAUCAAACCUCAGACGUCUGAGGUAAACGUAACAACAACUAACCACUCAGUGUGCGUCACAGCAUGCUAGCUGCUAAAGCUAAUGGACCUAGCAUCCAGCAUAAAUAUAAAAAUUCGUGAUUUGCCUCUAAYUGGUGCUAGUUUGUCUCUUUACCUAAACUUUUUUUUGACACASUUAAAGGUUGAGCGGAUGCUGAAGCCGUUGGGUGUAAUGGUGCAAUAAAUUGAGAAUAUAUUUUUACAUUUUAAUCUCAUGGGAAAACUCUUCUGAGAGUGCUUAUGCAGGCAAAGCUUUACACCUGGCAGUGACUCAAACGAGGGAUAACGACACUCCUCCGUCUUUUCUAAAUAUGGUCUCUACUGCAUCCAGAAUAUCAAGAUGGCAGCAACCGGCUGCCAGAACGUUGCGUUUUAAAAUGGUCCACAUGUCGUUGGCGACGCGUACKUUUUUAUUUUAAGUUGUGGAGUGUUACGUCUUCGGUGUGGCACAAAAUCUUGAAAUAGAGUUUUGUUUGUAAAGUGCAUGAGAAYGACUUUCCCUCAGUCACUAGUAAAUAAUGUCAGCUUAAGGAACAAAUUGGAGUUAGAAGUGAUGUCGAUGAUGGGAAUUCCUGUUGAUUCAUGCCAGUAAACCCUCGACGUUGUUGCACCAAACUGUACAACUCUGUUUUGUGAACCUCACAAAUGAAUUUAAGCACAAAUCCAAAUGUUUGAAGUGAUGAAAGUUUUUGCAAUGUCCCAGAAUUAAACCUGAUCCAAUCCC